UACCAAGUUAGCAGUAGCGCGUUAGCAUCCAGCAGCUGUCUGUGGCAGUCAUCCGGUCAGUCAGCCUCUGCGGCGGUCUUCUUCGUCUUCUCUCUCCCGAAGAACCACCGGGAGCCAAUUGAAAGUCCUCCCCUUGGUCAGCUGUGGUGUGAAACCGUUGAAGACGCGCUGGGACAUGGCCAGACCAGAACAAGUCCUGGUGCUAGAACCGCAACACGAACUCAAAUUCCGAGGCCCAUUUACAGACGUAGUCACCGCCACUUUGAAGCUCAUCAACCCCACAGAUAGAAAUGUAUGUUUCAAAGUCAAGACCACUGCUCCACGCAGAUACUGUGUGCGCCCCAACAGUGGCAUCAUCGACGCCAGAACCUCCAUUAAUGUUUCGGUUAUGCUUCAACCGUUUGAUUAUGACCCAAAUGAAAAAAGCAAGCACAAAUUCAUGGUGCAGUCCAUGUUGGCCCCGUACGACAUGACUGACAUGGAAGGAGUUUGGAAGGAGGCAAAGCCGGAGGAGCUGAUGGAUUCCAAGUUGCGGUGUGCGUUUGAGAUGCCCGUAGAAAAUGACAAAGCUCAUGAAAACGAAAGCAACAAAACAGUGACUUCCUCUGCCCCCUCUGUAAAGACGGAGCACAAUGUGCUGCCAAAAUCGGCCAGCGCCUCUUUGGAUGACGGAGAGGUCAAGAAGAUCAUGGAGGAGUGCAAGCGCCUGCAGAUGGAAGUGCAGCGGUUACGGGAGGAAAACAGACAGAUAAGGGAGGAUGAUGGGCUGAGGAAGAGAAAGGUGACUUCAGCAUCUGCCUCUCACACCACUUCCUCCUCCAUCAUGGCGUCUUCUGCUAUGAGGGAUGAAGGCCUCAGCACUCGUGUCCUGGCGCUCUGCGUGCUCUUCUUUGUCAUUGGAGUCAUCAUUGGCAAGCUGGUCAUUUAGAGACACAGAGGGACAGAGCACAGUGACGGUCGGCGGCUACAGCGGGCGUGCCUCAGUGACAACAGCGGUGGAUGUCUUCUAGGUUUAUGUUGAUUCAUCUCUUUGUUUCUUUUUACAUUUAAGGCAAUAUCACCAUUGCUUGUCUGGGUGGCAAAUUAUUUAAUGUGUAAAAAGAAAAAAGAAGGAAGACAAAGUUCCAAGUGUGAUUGUUUUGUCACAAGUCUUGCCGGUUUCUUUCUUUCUGAAAUAAUCACCUGUGGUCUGUUCUCUCCGUCCAUCCCCUCAUUUCCAAAGGAUCUUCCCAAACUUGCACAGCUACUUAGCGUUGUGUUUGUGUGGCUUCACAUUCUGGCUGGAGUGUCUCAAAUCUUUAGACAAGUAUUUGAUUCCUCUCUCAUAUUGUCUGAAGCAAUUGGUGCAACACUCCUCAAUGGCCUCUCUUCCACUUAUUACUGAUAAUCUCCAUGGAGAGUUGGACUCUGCGUCUUCACCUUCUUAAAAAUGAUCAUGUGAGCCAGUAGAAGCUAUGCGUGUGCAAGUUAUGUCGUUCUGUUGGAAGGCUGAGUGGGUGUGUUCGUGUGUAUGUGUGUAACACCACAACCCACAAACUGUUCGAAUAUUUGUACUCGAACUGUGGAGUACAAAUGAAUUUCAUGAAACAAGUAAUAGUCUUAUAAUCCUGUCUUUCGGCUGGUGGAGAAAUCACAUGCAAAGAAUCUACAAAACAGAGUGGCACAAGUAAAUAAACAGAUAAACCUUGAAGAUUGAAUGCAAAACUAUAAAUAAAACAGUAUGCAACAAUAGUUCUCUUUCAUUUUCGCCCUCUAAGUUGAUUGUACAAAGCUGCCUUUUGCUUUUGUUCCAUUUAUUCCAGCGAUGUGCACUAUACUUAAUUGUCCCCUGCAUGAAAUACCUUAAGUUAUUUGACUUGUCUUUUAUCAUUUAUAAUCCUUGAUUUGGCUGUGGUGCGACAUAGCUGUGUUAUCCAUGCUAUUAUUUGACCAACUCCAUAACAGAAGUGUUAGGUUGCUAAAAGUCGAAGGUGCGUGGAUGAAUGGCAGACCUGUGAAUACACACUACAUUUUACAAAAGGCUUCAGUGCUUCACUUCACAAACUUGGUUAACCUCACAGUAAUUGAAUACUCUUUUGUAUGUACAUGGAAAUAAAGUGUAUCAAACUGAA